AUGAAAAAUUCGUGUUUUACGAGAGUUUGGCUCUAGGAAUCAAAUUUGAUUAGGGAUACUUUUGGUAUUCCAAGAAAAAAGGAUUACAAAAAUAACUCCGAACUAUCCAAUCUCCUUUCGUCUUCCUCUUGGAAUCGGCCGAAGGGUUAUAAACACUGUUCGUCACCAGAAACUCCGAUUUCAUGCUUCUCAAUUCUCUCUUCUUUUGCAGAUCCAUAGUUCAAUUCCCCCCCUCUGAGUUGUUUUUGUUGUUGUUCUGUUCACACUAAUCGGAAACUCAUCAGCUCCAAUGACGGCAAAAUCAAACCGUGAAUUUAACAUUUCAUCGCCGGCGGCAAAACCGCCGUCUCAGUCUCUAGUAUCGGAAUCGGAACAGGAAUCCGGUGAUCCGAGCCGACAUAGGCCGGACGAAGCUCAGGUUAAGGUUAGUGGUAGCAACGGCGUUGUUGUAUACAGGAGGAACAAGAGGCUGAAGACGGCAGAUUCAAGUGGUGAAGUCGUAAAUAUGGAUGUAACGGAGGGUAAAUCCGGAAUUCCAGUGUCUAACAGUAACGUUAUGGAGGUUGAAGUGAAAGAAGAGUCGAGGAUUAGGCGGUUUACACGGUCAGCUUUGGGGAGGCAGAGGGAGCUGUUGAUGAUUACGAAUGGAAAUUCUGGAGGUGAAGAUGAUGAGAGAAAUCGUGUAACUAUGUCAGGUACACCUACGAAGAAACUGGAAAUGAAAAUGUCGAAGAAGAUUUCAAUAACAGUAAUACCUGAAACGGUUAAGGAGCUGUUCGAGACUGGUUUACUGGAAGGCUAUCCUGUUUUCUACAACGGUGGGAAGAAGGGAAUUCCACUCCGAGGAACAAUUAAAGAUACCGGAAUUCUUUGUUCUUGUGAACUGUGCAAGGGAGCUACAGUUGUCCCUCCUAGCAAAUUUGAGAUCCAUGCGUGUAAUUCAUACAGACGUGCAUCAGAGUAUAUCUGCCUAGAGAAUGGAAAGAGCCUCCUCGACGUGGUCAAAGAGUGUAGAAAGGGUUCCUUGAAAACAUUAGAAGAAACAAUACAGAGUGUCAUCGGUCCAGUUCCUGUGAAGAAAAGUCUCUUUUGUCGGGAUUGCAAGGAGUCUUUUGUUGCAACACUAGCUGGAAAUGAUGAACAACUUUGUGAUUCAUGCAUAGUUUCUUUAAGAUCAGAAGCCACUCCAACACAGUCGAUAAACACUGAAAAUGGGGUGUUUGAGCCAGUUCUGAACUUAAAUUCCUCCGGAACUUCAAAUAUGUCGUCUGUUUCGCUAAGAAGCAUUAGAGGAAGGAAAAAGAAAAAGGCCGUGAUAAUGCAUUCAAGUAGACAGUCUCCUUCGGCGCAUACUCUUUCCAGAAAGAAGUGGAAGUCACCAAAUAAGUUAAUGAAGCCAGUUUUUGCUCCAAAGUCGGAUGAAACUUCUACAAUGUGCAGUUCAUUCAGAAACAACAUGCAGGGAAAUAUCUCAGAAAAAUUGUCAAAAUCAAUUGUCGUUUCAAAGUAUUCAAAAGUUGCUUCGCCUGGUGUCUCGGUGCACUCUAGGACCCAAUGGAAAAUGACAAAAAGGGAUCAAAAGAUGCAUCGAUUGGUUUUUGAGGAAGGUGGACUGCCUGAAGGAACUGAAGUAGCUUAUUAUUCUCGUGGAAAGAAAUUGCUUGUUGGUUAUAAGAAGGGAUCUGGUAUAUUCUGUUCUUGCUGCAAUACUGAGGUUAGUCCAUCUCAGUUUGAAGCUCAUGCAGGUUGGGCAUCGCGCAAAAAACCUUAUGGAUACAUAUACAUGUCUAAUGGAGUUUCGCUACAUGAAUUUGCUAUAUCUCUAUUAAAAGGCCGUAAGUCUUCAGUUAAAGACAGUGAUGACUUGUGCAUCAUAUGCGCUGAUGGCGGUAAACUAGUGCUUUGUGAUGGGUGUCCUAGGGCUUUCCAUAAAGAGUGUGCAUCAUUAUCAACUAUCCCUCGUGGUAAAUGGUACUGCAAGUAUUGUGAAAGCAUGUUACAGAGGGACAAGUUUGUGGAGCGCAAUGCGAAUGCCUUAGCAGCCGGCAGGGUCUCUGGCAUUGAUCCUAUUGAGCAAAUAACAAAACGUUGCAUUCGUAUUGUCAAGAAUGCAGAAGAGGCAGCAUUUAUUGCAUGUGUUUUAUGCAGAGCUUAUGACUUCAGCAAGUCUGGUUUUGGUCCACGGACGGUCAUCCUUUGUGACCAGUGUGAGAAAGAGUAUCAUGUUGGCUGCUUGAAGAAAAGCAAGAUAGCAGAUUUAAAGGAACUGCCUAAAGGAAAAUGGUUCUGUAGUGUGGAUUGCAAGAGGAUCUAUUCUGCCUUGCAAAAUUUGCUAAACUCAGGAGAAGAGAGAUUGCCUGAUUCUUGUUUGGGUGCAACAAGGGUGAAGGAAAAACAAAACAGUUUGGUUGCUGUUGGUGAACUUGAUGUUAGAUGGAGGCUUCUUAGUGGCAGAAUUUUCUCCCGUGAAACCAGAAGGCUACUGUCAGAAGCUGUUUCUAUCUUCCAUGAUUGUUUCGAUCCUAUUGUUGAUUCAGUUACUGGACGUGACUUCAUUCCUUCUAUGGUUUAUGGAAGGAAUAUUAGGGGCCAAGACUUUGGAGGCAUGUAUUGCGCUAUAUUGACUGUAAACUCAACAGUAAUAUCAGCAGGGAUCCUCCGGAUUUUUGGCCAGGAUAUGGCGGAACUCCCCCUUGUGGCAACCCGUGUUGGUAGCCAAGGCAAGGGAUACUUUCAGUUGCUGUUCUCCUGCAUAGAAAAAUUGCUUGCAUUUUUGGGUGUGAGACGCUUUGUACUCCCAGCUGCUGUUGAAGCUAUGUCAAUUUGGACUAAGAAAUUUGGAUUCGGGGAGUUAACACCAGAUCAGCUUGUCAGCUACAGAAAAACCUGUUGGCAAAUGAUUAGCUUUAAGGGCACAUCUAUGCUAGAAAAAAUGGUUCGUAAAUGUAGAAUCAUUAAACAGGGAGAAGCUGAAACGGAUGUUCCAGAUGAGUAGUUUGACACAGAUGAUAGAAGUUGAAUCCCAUUUGUAGAUCCAUUUUUUCAAAUUACAUGUAUAUUAUCACCUUAUUUAUCACAGAGGGUAAGUAGUAACUAUUACAAAUGAGAUGUAGAGGAUCAUAUUUGUGUAAAUGGUUCUACAACUCGAGCAUAUCUCGAGUUUGAUUUUAUGUUUCUCUCUCUCCCUCUCCUUACACAGAGGUUCAUUAUCUAUUUUUCUCUGAGAUGUCA